GACAACAGCAUGGAACAACGAUGGAAGGUGAUCAAAAUGGAACUAACUUGUCUACAGAAGACGCUGCUGAAAAUAAAAAGGUAUCAACUUUGGCUGAAACAUAAGUGUAUGAAUGUGAUUUCCAAAAACAAAGAACAAGUUGACAAUUACCAUUCAUACUCCGAAGAACACAUGUUACCACUGAUCAUCAUGACAAAAGUUUCAUUAGACAAAUUUGUGUCAACAAACAUCCAGCUAGUUUCCAGUUUUGUGGUAGCCAAAUUCUGUACAAAGAGAAAUACUUUCAUUGACAGGUAUCAGAUUAAAUCAUGAAACAGACAAAUUUUCAGAUAACU